AAAUACAGGGCGGGGCGGAUAGGGAAAAAGUGAAGGGUCUCGCUUUUUUUUGUUUUUCUGAGGACGCCAUUGAGUAAAUAAUCGUAAAGUUAUGAGCUUUCCAAUUUGUGGCUGCUAUUUUCAGUUUCCUUCGGCAACUUUCUUCUUGGGUUGAAAUUUCUUUUUCGGGGUGGUUUUUCUGCUGGCUGCGAUCAAUUCUCGCUUUUAAAUACGAGAGUGGGGAGGGCAGGGGCGAGAUACGCUGGCUCUGACAACAAGAACCGGCAUAUUGGAGGAGGCGGAGGAAUUGCUCCUGGGAAGUGGCGGUGGAGUUGGUGAAGAAGAAGAAGAAGAAGAAGAAGAAGAAGAGAAGGAGCAAAUGACAAUGGAGGGAGGUGGUGAAGUGGGUCCAAGGAAGGUCCAUGAUGAAGAUCAUUUUGAGGGCGUUGAGAUCCCGGAAACUGCACAUCUCAUUAGCAGAGAUUCAUGGUUCCAGGCAGCAUUCGUCCUAACCACUGGCGUCAACAGUGUUUUUGUUCUUGGAUAUUCAGGAACCAUCAUGGUUCCUCUUGGCUGGGUACCUGGAGUGCUUGGAUUAAUUGCCGCAGCAGCUAUUUCGCUGAAUGCGAAUGUUCUCAUUGCCAAGCUUCAUGAAUUUGGUGGAAAGAGGCACAUUAGAUAUAGAGACCUUGCUGGACAUAUAUAUGGUAGGAAAGCUUAUUCUCUUACAUGGGGAUUACAGUAUGUUAAUCUCUUCAUGAUUAAUACUGGAUUUAUCAUUUUGGCUGGUGAGGCUCUGAAGGCAGUUUAUGUUCUCUUCCGGGAUGACCAUAUGAUGAAGCUUCCUUACUUUAUCGCCAUAACGGGUUUUGUCUGUGCGUUGUUUGCCAUCGGGAUACCUUAUUUAUCAGCUUUGAGGGUCUGGCUAGGAGUUUCCACAGUUCUCAGUCUGAUAUACAUUGUUAUAGCAUUUGUAUUGGCUCUACGAGAUGGCCUUAAUUCUCCUGCCAGAGAUUAUAGCAUACCGGGAGACAAAACAAGCAAAAUCUUUUCAACCAUUGGUGCUGCAGCAAAUCUUGUUUUUGCAUAUAAUACAGGAAUGCUUCCAGAGAUUCAGGCGACGGUGAGAGAACCUGCUGUAAAGAACAUGCUGAAAGCUCUCUACUUUCAGUUCACCGUCGGAUGCUUACCGAUGUAUGCGGUCACGUUUGUCGGAUAUUGGGCCUAUGGGUCAUCCACCUCGUCCUAUUUGCUCAACAGCACCAAGGGUCCAGUUUGGGUGAAGGCAUUAGCCAACAUUUCCGCCUUCCUGCAAACAGUCAUUUCGUUGCAUAUUUUUGCUAGUCCAAUGUACGAGUACAUGGACACCCGCUUUGGCAUCACCGGGAGCGCUUUGAAAGUCAAGAACUUGUCGUUUAGGAUUCUGGUGAGAGGCGGAUAUCUCGCCAUAAACACGCUGGUUGCGGCCCUCCUCCCUUUCCUCGGCGACUUCGAGAGCCUCACGGGGGCGAUAAGCACGUUCCCUCUCACGUUCAUCCUCGCCAACCACAUGUACCUGAUGGCGAUGCAGAACAAGAUGUCUUCCCUUCAGAAGUCGUGGCAUUGGCUCAAUGUCUGUUUCUUCGGGUGUAUGUCCGUUGCGGCAGCAAUCGCGGCCUUGAGGCUUAUUGCCGUAGAUUCCAAGACAUACAAUCUUUUUGCAGAUUUAUGAUAAUUUAACACAUGUAGAAGAGGGGAAUAAAGUUAAUGUGUAUCUAGAAUUGUGCACUGGUUGAUUUUUGGAGUUCGCAAAUAAGAGCUUCCAGCAUAGAAUUUGAC